AGCAUUCGGGAUUUCUUCCUGCCUUAUCGCCACGGUCACACCCAUUGCUUAAUGUCAAACAAAUAUUUAAAUAAAUAAAUAAAUUGAUCGAUAUGCAGGAAUUCUGCCGCACCUGUGGCCAGACUAUUGUUCCGGAGCAGUGCCUGCAGAUCUUUUCGCGGGAGGGACGGAAACUGUUGCACUGCGUGCGGUCUAUCACAAACUGCUGGCUGCAGAAUGACCAGGACUCACCCAGCUUCGUGUGCCCGGACUGCCAGGCGCUGCUCAAGCAGGUGCAAAGGUUCCGCCGGCGGUGUGCCAAGAUCGAGAAGUAUCUCGUUAGGCGGAGGGCCAAGAUGAAUCUCGGCGAGGGUCCCGCUUCCGUAGCCAUGCAGCUUCCCGUCCAGCAAAUGGGAGCUCCCGAUCCCCUGGGCAUUGAUGAGAUACUGUCGCCCAUUGACGUCAAGCUGGAGAACACGCAGGAACCCAAGGAGGAGGAAGACGCAGAGGUGUAUCUAGAGGAUUAUUCCGAUGAAGACGGAUUUGACAACGAUCCAGGCGAUGAUUUCUUGCCUCUGCCAGAGGACUACGGAGAGCCACAGACAGCAACGGUCACCACAGCCGACAGAAAAGUGGAUAAAACAAAAGAUAAGUCCAAAAACCGUCCCAGCAGGCAUACGAUGCGGCUGGGCAGAAAACUGAUCCACGUUAAAGUGAUCGAUGAUAAGCAGCCGAAGCGCAUUGUGGACCGAAACGGGCAAACCGCCAAGCCGUGCAUCUGUGAGCACUGCGGACGCCAAUUCCGGGACACCAGCAAUCUCAAUGUCCACCUGCUGCGGCACACGGGAACCAAGCCCUUCGAGUGCGAACAGUGCCACCAAAAGUGCUACACACUUCACCUGCUGCGACGGCACCAGCUCAAGCACACGGAAGGACCCUACGCCUGCACCUUCUGCGGACUGGAGUACAGCACCAACAGUUCGCGUGUGAGACACGAAAGAGAGGCCUGUAAGAAGGGACGCGCCCCGCAGUCCAAGUGGGAGAUCAUCAAGAAGGGCGAGCGCACCUUCCACUGCGAAGUGUGCGAUCUCUGGUUCCUGCGUGCUGGAAACUUCACCCAGCACAUCAACUCCAGCAGCCACAUCGAAAAUGAGCGCAGGAAGCAGCGUAAAACGAAAUCAAUGCAACCCGUGGACAUAAAUACAUAAAACAAGAAUUCGGAUAGGAAAACGAUUUGUUAAUUAAAUUUCAACAAUUUGA